GUCUCGGGCCUUGGUCCUGUCUCGUCUGGUGAAGUGUUCAGUGCGGAGUUCGUCACAUUCAUAGAUUAAACAACGUUGUUUUUUCACCAAUAAAUCGAUAUUAAGACAAUUUUAAAGAAGCAAAAUCAAGAUGAGGGAAAUCGUUCACAUUCAAGCUGGCCAGUGCGGUAAUCAAAUUGGAGCCAAGUUUUGGGAAAUAAUCAGCGACGAGCAUGGUAUUGAUCCAACCGGCGCCUACCAUGGAGACUCUGACCUCCAAUUGGAGAGAAUCAAUGUCUACUAUAAUGAAGCAUCCGGCGGCAAAUACGUUCCAAGAGCAAUUCUCGUCGAUUUGGAGCCAGGUACAAUGGAUUCCGUACGUUCCGGACCAUUCGGACAAAUUUUCCGCCCCGACAAUUUUGUCUUUGGACAAUCGGGCGCCGGCAACAAUUGGGCAAAGGGCCAUUACACCGAGGGCGCAGAAUUAGUCGACUCUGUUCUCGAUGUCGUGCGCAAGGAGGCCGAGAGCUGCGACUGUCUCCAAGGUUUCCAACUGACCCACUCCCUGGGUGGUGGCACCGGUUCCGGAAUGGGAACACUUCUCAUUUCAAAAAUUCGCGAAGAAUAUCCCGACAGAAUAAUGAACACCUAUUCGGUUGUUCCAUCGCCAAAAGUGUCGGACACUGUCGUUGAACCCUACAAUGCCACAUUAUCCGUUCAUCAGCUGGUGGAGAACACUGACGAAACUUAUUGUAUUGACAACGAAGCACUUUACGAUAUUUGCUUCCGUACAUUGAAACUCUCGACGCCAACUUAUGGGGAUUUGAAUCAUUUGGUGUCGUUGACGAUGUCUGGUGUUACCACCUGUCUCAGGUUCCCUGGACAAUUGAACGCGGAUCUGAGGAAAUUGGCCGUCAAUAUGGUACCAUUCCCGCGUCUUCAUUUCUUCAUGCCUGGCUUUGCACCGUUGACAUCGCGUGGCAGCCAACAAUAUCGGGCCCUCUCGGUGCCGGAGCUCACGCAACAAAUGUUUGACGCGAAAAAUAUGAUGGCGGCUUGCGAUCCACGACACGGAAGAUAUUUGACGGUCGCCGCCAUUUUCCGAGGACGAAUGUCAAUGAAGGAGGUUGACGAGCAAAUGCUCAAUAUUCAAAAUAAAAAUAGCUCCUACUUUGUCGAAUGGAUCCCGAAUAAUGUGAAGACAGCCGUUUGCGAUAUUCCACCACGUGGAUUGAAAAUGUCCGCCACUUUCAUUGGUAAUUCGACAGCAAUUCAGGAAUUGUUCAAACGUAUCUCUGAGCAAUUCACCGCGAUGUUCAGGAGAAAGGCUUUCUUGCAUUGGUACACCGGCGAGGGAAUGGACGAAAUGGAAUUCACUGAGGCCGAAUCAAAUAUGAAUGAUCUUGUCUCUGAAUAUCAGCAAUAUCAAGAGGCUACCGCUGAUGAGGACGCGGAAUUCGACGAGGAACAAGAGGCCGAAGUUGAUGACAAUUAAUUCCCCAUUUCUAAUUGACUCAAAAAAAAAAAAAAAAAAUAUUUCUAAAAUAUAAUCCAUUCUCUCUGAAAAAAAAGCUUUACGCUUCGUAACCUUUUUGCGAUAUUGAUUUUUUUUCUUGUAUUAUUCAUUUUUUUCCUUUUUUUACAUGGAACUUUUCUUGAUUGCCUCCCCCCCUUCUUUUUUUUAAAUGAACACGCGGAAACGAUUCUUCUCGCUUGCGAGAAAGAGGCAUGUUAUUAUUUUUCAUGUCUUGCUUUUCUUUUUGUAUUUAAAAAAACUAUUGACAUGAUUUAUUUUUGUUUGUAAUUUUUUUUUUAAUUUUUUUUUUCUUAAAUGUUUUUUGGUUACGCGUCGUUUAAUGACUUCAGUGUAUAUAUAAUCGCCUCCGCGGAUACAUCUUUUAAUAAAUUAUUAUUGGUAAUAACA